AUGGACGCGAGGCUGCUCCAAUUCUACACUAUCCCAGGUCCGACGCCCCUUCACGCUCUGCAUUCCCUUUUGACCCGAUGCUCACACGCCCAUUCAUCCGGACACCGACACUCCUCACACACGACCGCUGCAACCUCUUUGAUACCCCCACGCCCGUUCCUCGGUACUUCGUACGCGCCCGAUCGCUGUAGCGGCUGA